AUGUCGUCCAGCGUGACGCCCGGCGAUGGCAUGGCUCUUAGCAGCGCCGUGGCGGACGGCAUAGACGCUUCCAUGUUCGAUGACUCUCUGCUGGAAACUGUAAAUACAGCCUUCCCUACCAUACCGUUUACGCCGACCUAUGACUUCCAAGACUUCUCCGCAACGGGCUUUGAAGAUCCAUUCGCAUACUCGAAUCGCCAGUACGAGGCUCAGCCCGCGCUUGAGGAUCUCAGCCAGGAUUCACCGACGCAGGAGCUGGAUAAUAAGCUCCUGGGAUUUUCGGCGCCGUUAGUAAAAGCCACGGUUGUGGACGGGACGGGCCAGCAUGUGGAGCCAAACAUGUCGGCCGAACUGUACGGCAUGUUCUUCGUGGCCGAGGACGUCUUUGGUGCCGAGAACAGUGGUAGACCUCUCGAGCUGACCUGCUACCGGAGAAACUUGUGGCAGUGCUCUGGACAGGUAACUCUUCCUCGACACAUCACGCACAUUGUGGACGAACAAGGCCGGCAAAUACCCAUAUUCGAGCUGGCGGCUUCGAUAACGGCGAUCGAGUCCAUCGAGGGCAAAGCGACGGAGAUCAUCUCAAUCCCUUGGAAGAGCGCGCACCCGAUAGGCGCAGAGGAACCCAAGUCUACUGGCGGACCGCCCAACAUUGUUUUGGACCUGGCAAAUGGGCAAGAAGUCGAUGCGAACAGAGUAUCUCUCACACUAUCAUGGAAGAGGCUGCAGUUCAAGCACGCUACAGCGAACAACGGAAGAAGGAAAGGCCUGCAGCAGCACUACCUGGUGCAAAUCAGUCUCCUUGGAAAGCAACAAAACGGCGAGUACGCCAGGAUUGCCGAGGUCCACUCUGGGCCCGUUAUCGUGAGAGGCCGCAGCCCACGAAACUUCGACAGCCGGAAGGACAUACCCUUGACCGGUGGAGAGAAGAAGCUAGGAGGGAGAAGCAACAGCGAAGCUUGCGCAACUCCCGUCAAGGACAGCGGCAACAAUGGCAACAACGGCGCCCCAACGCCUAUACCGAAAUAUCAGGUCCUGGGAGGCGUUCAGCAACAAGCGGACUGGGCACCGCCGCCAAUGUACAGGGAUCCGAGCGGAGGUCCGCCUCCGGCGAAGAAGAUGGCCAUGUCACCGGGGAUCAGCCGUCCUCCAAUACCAGCCUGGUCGUCAGAACCAUCAAGGCUGCUGGCCAAAACAUCGACAUCGGGCUCGGCGGCGCGGGCCGGAAUAUCGGGCCCCAUAAACCUGUCUCUCUCGGAAGACGAGAGGAGUCCCAAUAGGUCCAACUCGGAUGUGCAGAGCCCGCAGUUCAACAAGUCAACGGCCCCCACGGGGCAGAACCCAAGUCAGAGCCCCAGGGAGGAGGAUGACUUGCUUUAUGAAUACUUUCCUCUCAGUGUGGAUGACUGGAUCCCGCCAGUGGAAGCAAUUUACCGCCCUCAUGUCGUCCAUCACACCAUCGUGCCGCCGGAGAUCAAGGCACAGCAGCUGCGGAGCAAGGCGAAGCGCUACUUCACCGCCGAAUCUUGA